AUGACGGACGUCGCGAUGCAGGUGGAUAAUCCACAGGAGACCGUGGAGAUGAUCAAGCAUGGUGAAAUUGAUGAAUCUCUAUACAGUCGACAAUUGUAUGUGCUUGGCCACGAGGCCAUGAAGCGCAUGGGCUCCUCGAAUGUGCUCGUUGUCGGUCUGAAAGGUCUUGGUGUGGAAAUUGCCAAGAACAUUGCUCUCGCCGGUGUCAAGUCCCUCACCCUCCACGAUUCCGCUCCCGUCGCCAUCUCCGAUCUUUCCUCCCAAUUCUUCCUUCAGCCACAGGAUGUCGGCAAGCCUCGCGCUCAGGUCACCGCUCCCCGAGUCUCUGAGCUUAACUCUUAUGUCCCAGUCACAAUUCACGAGGGCACAAACCUUGUGGAUGACUUGGAGCAGCUGAAGCGUUACCAGGCCAUUGUACUGACCUCUACACCACUCAAAGACCAGUUGGUGAUCGCGGACUUUUGUCACAAGAACGGAAUAUAUGUGACGGUCGCAGACACAUUCGGUCUUUUUGGUUACAUUUUCAAUGACUUCGGUAAGAACUUCACUGUCGGCGAUCCUACGGGUGAGGAGCCUGUAAACGGAAUCGUCGCGGACAUUGCUGAGGAUGGCCUGGUGUCUGCCCUCGACGAAACUCGGCACGGUCUGGAGGAUGGCGACUUUGUGACUUUCACGGAAGUCAAGGGCAUGGAUGGACUUAAUGACAGCGCACCGCGCAAGGUCACUGUCAAGGGACCCUAUACUUUCAGCAUCGGCGAUGUGUCUGGUUUGGGCUCCUACCAGGGUGGUGGUAUUUACGCUCAAGUUAAGAUGCCCAAGUUCAUUGAUUUCCAGCCCUUGUCAGAGCAGAUCAAGAACCCCGAGUUCUUGAUUUCCGAUUUUGCGAAGUUUGACAGACCAGCGCAACUGCACAUUGGUGUUCAAGCACUUCACAAGUUUGCAGAGACCCAUGAUGGCCAAUACCCCCGUCCUCACAAUGACAGUGAUGCUCAGGAAAUCCUCAACCUUGCAGGGGAACUUGCAGGAGCGGGUGACGAGAAAGUUGAACUUGAUGAGAAGAUCAUCAAGGAGCUAAGUUACCAGGCUCGCGGUGAUUUGAAUGCGCUGGCCGCCUUCUUUGGAGGUAUUGCUGCCCAAGAAGUUCUCAAGGCUGUCUCUGGAAAGUUCAGUCCCGUACACCAGUGGAUGUACUUCGAUUCACUUGAGUCUCUGCCCACCUCGACCACUCGUUCUGAGGAGAGUUGCAAGCCCCUUGGCUCUCGAUAUGAUGGUCAGAUUGCCGUCUUUGGUAAGGAAUAUCAGGAGAAGCUUUCCAACGUCACCCAGUUUUUGGUUGGAGCUGGCGCCAUUGGCUGUGAAACCCUGAAGAAUUGGGCUAUGAUCGGUCUGGGUACCGGUCCCAAGGGUAAGAUUUACGUCACCGAUAUGGACCAGAUUGAGAAGAGCAAUCUGAACCGACAGUUCCUCUUUCGCUCCAAGGAUGUCGGCCGUCUCAAGAGUGAAUGUGCAUCUGCCGCUGUGCAAGCUAUGAACCCAGACUUGAAUGACAAGAUCGUGACCCUCCGUGACCGUGUUGGUGCAGACACUGAGCAUAUCUUCAAUGAAGAGUUUUGGAACGGACUUGACGGCGUUACCAACGCUUUGGAUAAUGUUGAUGCUCGAACCUAUGUUGACCGACGCUGCGUUUUCUUCCGCAAGCCGCUUCUGGAGAGUGGUACUCUGGGUACUAAGGGUAACACCCAAGUUAUCCUGCCGUUUAUCACUGAGUCAUACUCCAGCUCCCAGGACCCUCCUGAGAAGUCCUUCCCCAUGUGUACUUUGAAGAGUUUCCCCAACCGCAUUGAACACACCAUCGCCUGGGCUCGGGAUCUCUUCCAGACUUACUUCGUUGGACCUCCUGAAUCCGUCAAUCUGUACCUCUCCCAACCUGACUACAUCGAGUCAACUCUCAAGCAAGCCGGCAGCGAGAAGCAGACUUUGGAGCACCUACGUGACUUCUUGGUUACCGAGAAGCCCCUCACAUUCGAUGACUGUAUUGUAUGGGCUCGUCAACAGUUCGAGUCCCAAUACAACAAUGCUAUUCAACAAUUGCUCUACAACUUUCCCAAGGAUUCGAAGACAUCUUCAGGUCAGCCUUUCUGGUCCGGUCCCAAGCGUGCUCCAUCUCCUUUGAAGUUCGACAGCUCUAAUCCUACUCACAUCGGGUUCGUUAUUGCUGGCGCGAACUUGCAUGCUUUCAACUACGGGAUCAAGAAUCCUGUCACGGAUAAGAGCUACUAUCAGAAGGUUGUGGAUGACAUGAUUAUUCCCGAAUUCACACCAAGCUCAAGUGUGAAGAUUCAGGCUGAUGACAAUGACCCUGAUCCCAACGCCCAGCCUGCUGGUGGCUCCAAUGAUAGCGAUGAUAUUCAGCGUCUAGUUGACUCGCUGCCAUCAGCCAACUCACUUGCUGGCUUCCGCCUGCAGCCUGUAGAGUUCGAAAAGGAUGACGACACCAACCACCAUAUCGAUUUCAUCGCCGCCGCAAGUAACUUGCGUGCUGAUAACUACGAAAUUCCUCAGGCGGAUCGUCAUAAAACCAAGUUUAUUGCCGGAAAGAUCAUUCCUGCCAUUGCCACCGCUACUGCGCUAGUUACUGGUCUCGUGGCUAUGGAGCUGUUCAAGGUGGUCGACGGCAAGGACGAUAUCGAGCAAUACAAGAAUGGUUUCAUCAACCUUGCUCUCCCAUUUUUUGGGUUCAGUGAGCCUAUUGGAAGCCCCAAGGGUACCUACCAGGGUAAGUCAGGCGAGGUCACCAUAGACAGACUCUGGGAUCGCUUCGAGGUGGGAGACAUCCCUCUCCAGGAAUUUUUGGAUCACUUCGCUAGCAAGGGCCUGGAUAUUACCAUGGUCAGUUCUGGUGUGAGCUUGCUGUAUGCCAGUUUCUACCCUCCUUCAAAGGUGAAGGACCGCCUUCCGCUCCCAAUGAGCAAGCUUGUGGAGCAUGUCAGCAAGAAGGAAGUCCCAGAACACCAGAAGAACAUUAUCUUCGAGGUGACUGCGGAAGACCAGACUGAAGAGGAUGUGGAGAUUCCUUACGUGAUGGUCACGCUGAAGAAAUAA